ACAGUGCUUUGUGCGGUUUUUUAAACGCGGGCUCACAAACAAAACAAUUCAAUCGACGGCAAACUCUGUCGUUACGUGUAGUUUUUAAGUGCCUUAGUGUUUGAAUAAGAGUAACAACACACCAACAAUAAUAUCAACAACAAUAUUCAGCCCGGCCUUAUUGGCUCCCAGUCAAAGUAUUGUAUAAAACUUUAGCCUCAUACUGCUGGUCGUCGUUGUUAACAUUGUCGUUGUCGUUGUCGUUGUCGUUAUCGUCUACGGCGUUUUUCAGUGUUGCACAUUUUCACUUGUGUUUUGAGUUUUUCCGUAAAUUAACGCUUAAGUGUCUCUUAUUGUUAUGGUUCUGUGCUGCUUUGUUGAUGCGAAACUCAAUUCUUGCUAACGUUCAUUUAUUCGUGGUUCGCUUGUGUUAAUGCGGUUUGUGUGUCGCCCCGUACGCUCCCGAUCCCCUUAAAGCCCACCCUCUAUCCAGUAUUACGUUUACCAUGAAAAUGUGUUGAAAGACGAAUGGAUGCAUGUUUUUUUUUAAUUUUUUCUUUAUUUUUUUUGUUGUUGUUUGGCGAACGGCACAUUGAGUGUGAAUGUCAGGCAAGCAAUUGUCGAUGUCGAUUCGAUUAUGCCAACAAAGAAGAAACUUCUCUCGUUCAAUGUCUUUCAAUCAUAUGUUCACUUCACUAGAUCACUAGUUGUCUGGUGCUGAGUGGCCUUGUUGCUGUUACCGAUUGUCUAACCGUUGCUUAAUACAAUACAGUUGACGAUGCGUAUAUCAUGUAAACCUCUGCGCACAUUCCAUACUCGGACUCCCUCAAAACAAUCCAAUACCAAUACUGCGCGUUUAGUUUCUGGCAAACAAACAAGCGCCACCUGAUACAAUUUGUUAACUGCCGCCGCUUAGUAUCGUCAUUCGUUGGUCAACGCAACAAUAGAACGGUUGUCGUGUCUGAACGCUUAAAUACUUCAUUAGAAAUGUUUACAGUUACGUUACUUAAAACAAUAAUAAUAACAAUCAAAAAAACAAAAAAAAACAAAAAAAUAAUUAAUAAAAAAUAAAUAAAUGAAUGUAACUUUCGGGGGCCGUAUCUUACAUUACCUUCUGUAAAAGUGCUUCGCGUUGUGAGUUUGAUUUGUGCGUAAAACAAAGAAAAAAAAAAAAAAAUCUUUUUUCGUAAUAAAAAUUCUAUAAAAAAUGCUUUUAAACAACUACGCCCAAUCGAAGCAAACGAAACAACACGUGUCAGUGAAUAACGCUUUGCAACAGCAUAAGGAAAUAUUUCAUAAUAACAACAACUACGUAGAUUUAUUAAAUUUCAAUACAUCUGCAGAGACGGCGAACUCAACAUCUGCAGCCUUGUCCUUAGCAUCGCCGACGAAAGUAACUGAUUUACUUAAAAAACAUCACUCUUUGCUGCUAACAACGGCGAGAGCAACAUACGCGACAAAUACCGAAGCAACAAUCACUAGUAAUAACGUGUAUAGUAAUCAAUUUAUCAAUUAUCAUAACGGUUCUUAUAUCGGCGGCGCCACGGAUUUCUCAAUAGCAGCGAUAAUGGCAAGAGGCGGUAAUGCCUCAAGCCGUGAACCAUCCGAAAGGAGUUUGAGUCCUCUAUCGGUUGAACGUUUUCCCGACGCUGAUGACGAAGUUGAUGUGGAUGUUGUCGAUUGCAGUGAUUCAGAGACAGCAUCGGCUUUACGGCAUACAAGGCAUCAUAAUACCAAUAAAUCAAUUUAUAAGCAACGUCAGACGCAUAAUGAUUGCAGCGGUAGCAAUAAUAGCAAUAAUCACAAUAGCAGCUCGAGCAGUAGUCGAGGGAGAGCCUCAUCGCAAAGUCCCAGCAAUACGGAAGAGGAACGCUUGACUCCGGAGCCAGCGAAGGUAAAACAAAAAUCUUCGCCCAAAAUUGUGGGCUCAUGUAAUUGUGAUGAUCUAUUGCCAGUGCAGUGCCAUUUGGAAACGAAAGAGUUAUGGGAUAAAUUUCAUGAACUUGGCACUGAAAUGAUAAUAACAAAAACUGGCAGACGUAUGUUUCCCACGGUACGUGUUAGCUUUUCGGGACCAUUGAGACAAAUACAACCGCCCGAUCGUUAUGCGGUGCUUAUAGAUAUAGUGCCAAUGGAUUCACGGCGUUAUCGUUACGCUUAUCAUCGUUCAUCGUGGUUGGUGGCCGGCAAAGCGGAUCCUCCACCCCCGGCGCGACUUUAUGCCCAUCCCGAUAGUCCAAUUAGUGUGGAUGCUUUACGUAAGCAAGUUGUGUCAUUUGAAAAAGUGAAAUUAACAAAUAAUGAAAUGGAUAAAAGCGGUCAGAUUGUAUUGAAUUCAAUGCAUCGUUAUCAACCGCGUAUACAUUUGGUGCGUUUAAGUCAUGGCCAGACUAUACCGAAUACACCCAAGGAACUGCAAGAAAUGGAUCAUAAAACAUUUGUAUUUCCAGAGACUGUGUUCACGGCAGUUACAGCCUAUCAAAAUCAGUUGAUAACUAAACUGAAAAUUGAUUCUAAUCCGUUCGCUAAAGGAUUUCGUGAUUCGUCACGUUUAACGGAUUUCGAUAGAGACCCUAUGGAUUCGUAUUUAUUCGAGCAACAUUUACGAUCGCCAUUGCGUUUCUUUCCGGAUCCUUUGAUGCAGCAGUUGUCGCCCCAAGAAACCGAUGCUGCAUCUUUGGCUUUCUUGGAGAAGGCUCGUCAACAUUUGCAAAUGUUCGGCAGAACUCCCUAUACGGAAAUGUUGCUGCCGCAGCUAUAUCAAAGGCCACCGGCUGCUGCUGCUUUAAGCGCCUUCAAUUUGGGCAUUUGGCAACAGCAAUGGCCUCAAUUAACUGCCGGCUUUUUGGCUAAUCAACAGGCUGCUGCCGCUCAAGCAGCUGCCAAUGCAGCAGCUGCUGCUGCCGUAGCUAAUUCGAAUCGUACGCCACCCCCUCCUCCACCGCCCGCUACUACUCCGUCGUCGUCUGGUUCCCCUUCGCCAGAUCUACGUACAAAGCAUUUUCAACGUUUCAGUCCGUAUCAAGUGCCGCAACAUCAUCAACAUGCUCCACCGCCAGCACGCAGUCCACCAAAUUGAUU